AUUCAUCCUAUCAAUGAAACGCGAAAAGAUUCAACAGUCUAUCUAAUAAAACAAUCAUCUGUUUUGAAUGUUUCAGUGACGGGACUCGAGCCAGACUUCGUAUACCCGUUGGAGAACUUAACGAUCUCGCAGGGUCGAGACGCAACCUUCACCUGCGUGGUGAGCAACCUCGGUGGAUACCGGGUGAGUCCUUCCUCCUCCGUGAGCGGAGAUCACUCUGGCGGCGCCAAGGCCCGGGUGGCGUGGAUCAAAGCCGACACCAAGGCGGUCCUGGCGAUUCACGAGCACGUGAUCACGAACAACGCCCGUUUAUCAGUUACACACAGUGACUACAAUACGUGGACGUUGAACAUUCGUGGAGUACGCCGAGAAGACCGGGGCAUUUAUAUGUGUCAGGUCAACACGGAUCCUAUGAAGAGUCAGAGUGCGUUUCUCGAAGUGGUGAUACCGCCGGAUAUAAUAUCCGAAGAAACCUCGAACGACCUGAUGGUACCUGAGGGUGGGUCUGCAAAACUAGUAUGCAAAGCCCGCGGUUAUCCAAAACCUGAUAUCGUUUGGAAACGGGAGGAUGGCGCCGAGAUUAUUUCCCGUGCCGGAUUGUCUGGUGGCAAAACGAAAAUAUCAAGCGCCGAGGGAGAAACGCUGACUCUGUCGAAAGUAACCAGAAGCGAGAUGGGCACUUACUUGUGCAUCGCGAGUAACGGAGUACCACCAUCAGUCAGCAAACGGAUGAUGUUGCACGUGCACUUUCACCCCAUGGUUCAAGUACCGAACCAGCUAGUCGGAGCGCCGACUGGAACCAACGUUACGCUGGUCUGCCUCGUCGAAGCUUCCCCCAAGGCCAUUAAUUAUUGGACACGCGAAUCAGGUGAAAUGAUAAUUAGCAACCACAAGUACUCGAUGUCAGAGGUGAAAACGUCCGUGUACAGUGUACAGAUGCGGUUGGUGAUCAUGAAUCUGCAAAAACUGGAUCUCGGUGGUUACAAAUGCAUCUCGAAGAACUCGAUCGGCGAUGCCGAGGGAAACAUUCGACUUUACGAUAUGGAUCUGCCGAAACACUCGAAAAAAUUGAUGAGAGGGGAGGAUGACACGAACGAGGCGAUCGGCGAUCGGGAUCACAGACUGAAUCACGUGUAUCAAGGUUCUUUACGGGAAACAGGUUCGACUUUGGAGCCGUUCUUCGACGGCGACGACGCGUCUUCGUCGACGUCCUCGAACGACAUUCUACCACCCGCCUCUUGCAUCCUUUUGAUAGCAUUUUCCCAAUUCUUCGCUUUCACGUAAAGGAACGUUAU